AUGGCCUCCCUGCAGGUCAACACCGACGCCCAGGAGGAGGAGGACGACGAGGACGACGAGGAAGACGAUGACGACGAGGACGACGACGACGAAGACGAUGACGACGAAGACGACAAGGGCAGCCGGUCGGCCGCCGAGGGCGGGCAGCAGAAGGAGCAGACGGAAUCCAGGAAGAGGAAGGCGGAGGAGGCGCUCGGCGAGGGCUCAGGGGGCGGGGCCAAGCCCAAGGUGCUCCCCUUCAACCCGGAGACCUCCGCCGUCAUGGUUACGUCGGCGACGUUGGAGAGCCGGAUGAGGAUGUUGGACGCCUGUUCUGCAUCUAUGUCCACCACCCGGCCCGAGGGGGCGGAGCCUCAGCAGCAGCAGCAGGCGGACAUCGGGCCCUCGCAGAUGGUCCAGGGGCCCCAGGAGCCUCCGUGCCUGCCGCUGCCCGGGGACUUCCUGGGCGACGCCAUGGGCAACGAGCUCUUCAACUGCCGCCGCUUCAUCGGCCCCCAGCAUCACCACCAUCACCACCACGAAGGCCCCACGGUGGAGGACAUGCUGAGCGCCGACGACGUGAGCUGCAGCAGCUCCCAGGUCAGCGCCAAGUCCGAGAAGAACAUGGCCGACUUUGACGGCGAGGAGUCGGGCUGCGAGGAGGAGCUGGUCCAGAUCAACUCGCACGCCGAGCUCAGCUCCCACCUGCAGCAGCACCUCCCCAACCUGGCCUCCAUCUACCACGAGCACCUGGUGCAAGGUCCGGCGGUCCAUAAGCACCAGUACUCCGGCGGCCACGCGGUGACCGACAUCAACCUGGACAACGUCUGCAAGAAGGGGAACACGCUGCUGUGGGACCUGGUGCAGGACGAGGACGCGAUUCAUCUCUCUGAAGGUCUGAUCAACGAGGCGGAGAAGCUCUUGUGUUCGCUCGUCUGUUGGUUCACCGACCGGCAGAUCCGCAUGCGCUUCAUCGAGGGUUGCCUUGACAACCUGGCCCACCACAGGUCUGUUGUGGUUUCUUUGCGUCUUCUCCCCAAACUUUUCGGCACUUUUCAGCAGUUUGGCUCCAGUUACGACACCCACUGGAUCACCAUGUGGGCGGAGAAGGAGCUGCACAUGAUGACGCUGUUCUUCGACAACCUGCAGCACUACAUCCAGGAAGUCCGAGAGCACCGGCACAAGUUCGCCCUUUACAGCCACAGCGCGGAGGUCCAGGUCCGUCUGCAGUUCCUCACCUGCGUCUUCUCCACUCUGGGCUCUCCGGACCACUUCAGACUGAGUCUGGAGCAGGUGGACAUCCUGUGGCACUGCCUGGUGGAGGACGCCGAGUGCUACGACGACGCGCUGCACUGGUUCCUCAAUCAGGUCCGCAGCAAGGAUCAGCAUGCAAUGGGCAUGGAGACGUACAAGCACCUGUUCCUGGAGAAGAUGCCCCAGCUGAAGCCGGAGACCAUCAGCAUGACCGGCCUGAACCUCUUCCAACACCUCUGUAACUUGGCCCGCCUCGCCACCAGCUCGCUGGACAACGCCUCCAGCUGUGAGCUGUGUGGGAUGGACCAGCUGUGGGGCAUAGCUCUGAGAGCUCAGUCGGCCGACAUCAGCCGCGCCGCCAUCCAGUACAUCAACUCCUACUACAUCAACGCUGGUAAGACGGGCCUGGAGAAGGAGCAGGAGUUCAUCAGGAAGUGCAUGGAGAGUCUCCUGAUGGCCUCGGCCAACCUGGAGAAGGACGCGCACUCCAGCCUGACGAGCAUCGAGCGGGGGCUCCUCAUGCUCAAGACGCACCUGGAGGCCUUUCGGCGCCGGUUUGCGUACCACCUGCGUCAGUGGCAGAUCGAGGGCACGGGGAUCAGCAGCCACCUGAAGGCGCUGAGCGACAAGCAGUCGCUGCCGCUCAGGAUCGUCUGCCAGCCGGCCGGCCUCCCCGACAAGAUGACGAUCGAGAUGUACCCCAGCGACCAGGUGGCAGACCUGCGGGCGGAGGUGACCCACUGGUACGAGAACCUGCAGAAGGAGCAGAUGAACCAGCAGGCACAGCUGCAGGAGUUCGGCCAGAGCGGCCGGCAGGCGGCGGACUUCCCAGGAGGCUUGAUGGGACCGGUCCGCAUGAUCUCCUCCGGCCACGAGCUGACGACCGACUACGACGAGAAGACGCUGCACGAGCUCGGCUUCAAAGACAUGCAGAUGGUGUUCGUGUCUCUGGGAGCUCCGCGCAGGGAGAGGAAGGGCGAGGGCGUCCAGCUGCCGGCCUCCUGCCUGCCCCCCCCCCAGAAGGAGCACAUCCCCAUGCUGCUGCUCCUGCAGGAGCCACACCUCCCCACGCUAUUCGACCUGCUGGAGAUGCUCGCCUGCUUCAAGCCGCCCGGCCCCAACACGGAGAAGGUCCAGGACAACCCCGAGAAUGCGCGGUGCGAGGAGCUUCACCUGCACGCGGAGAACCUGUCCCGCCGGGUUUGGGAGCUGCUGAUGCUGCUGCCUACAUGUCCCAAGAUGCUUCAGGCCUUCCAGAACAUCUCGGAUGACACGAAUGGGGAGGGUCUUUGCUGGAAGGAGCUGCUGAGGAUCAAAAGCCCCCACAAGCUGUUGUACGCUCUGGAGAUCAUCGAGUCUCUGGGGAAACCCAACCGACGCAUCCACCGGGAAUCCACGGGCAGCUACAGCGACCUGUACCCCGACUCCGACGACUCCAGUGAGGAUCAGAUCGAGAACAGCAAGAACACCUGGAGCUGCAAGUUUGUGUCGUCUGGAGGCCUCCAGCUGCUCCUGGAGAUCUUUAACUCGGGCAUCCUGGAGCCCAAAGACCAGGAGUCCUGGACUGUGUGGCUGCUGGACUGCCUGGCCUGCCUGCUGAAGCUGAUCUGCCAGUUCGCCGUGGACCCCGCGGACCUGGACCUGGCCUACCACGACGUCUUCUCCUGGUCCGGCCUCGCCGACAGCCAGCGCAAGAGGGCGUGGGCGGGCAAAUCCCGCAAGUCCACCGUGGAGCACGGCAAAGGCCUGCACAUCCCCCGGCUGACGGAGGUGUUCCUCAGCCUCGUCCAGGGCACCAACCUCAUCCAGCGCCUGAUCAACGUGGCCUACACGUACGACAACCUCGCACACAGAGUUCUGAAGGCUCAGUCGGACCACAGGUCUCGUCAUGAGGUGACUCACUACUCCAUGUGGCUGCUGGUGAGCUGGGCUCACUGCUCCUCCACGGUGAAAUCCAGUCUGGCCGACAGCGACCACCUCCACGACUGGCUGAAGAAACUCACCCUGCUGGUACCCGAGCCGGCUGUGAGACACGAGGCGUGCAACGGCCUCUACAAGCUGUCGCUGUCGGGUCUGGAGGGCGGCGAGUCCAUCAACAGGUCCUUCCUGCUGCUCGCCGCCUCCACGCUGCUCAAGUUCCUGCCGGACGCACAGGCCCUCAAGCCACUCAGGGUGGAGGACUACGAGGAGGAGCCCCUGCUGAGGAUGGGCUGUAAGGAAUACUUCUGGCUGCUGUGCAAGCUCACCGACAACAUCCACGUGAAGGACAACAUCCACGUGAAGGACGCGGGUCAGAAGGUCUCUCCCUCUCUGUCGCUGGCCGGCUCCAUGCAGACCACCCUGCUGGACCUGGACGCCCUCGCACGCCACCUCGCCGACUGCAUCCGGAGCCGUGAGAUCCUGGACCAGCAGGACGGCGCCAUCGAGGACGACGGGCUGACGGGCCUCCUGCGCCUCGCCACCAGCGUCCUGAAGCACAAGCCGCCCUUCAAGUUCUCCCGCGAGGGUCAGGAGUUCCUGCGCGACGUGCACAACCUCCUGUUCCUGCUGCCCAGCCUGGCCGACCGCGCGCAGCCCAAGUGCAAGUCGCACGCCGCCCGCGCCGCCGCCUACGACCUGCUGGUGGAGACGGUGAAGGGCUCGGUGGAGAACUACCGGCUGCUGCACAACUGGGUGAUGUCGCAGCACAUGCAGGCCUCUCACGCCCCGUACAAGUGGGACUACUGGCCCCACGACGACGUGCGGGCCGAGUGCCGCUUCGUGGGCCUCACCAACCUGGGGGCCACCUGCUACCUGGCCUCCACCAUCCAGCAGCUCUACAUGAUCCCCGAGGCCCGCCAGGCCGUCUUCACGGCCAAGUACGCUGAGGACAUCAAACACAAGACCACGCUGCUGGAGCUGCAGAAGAUGUUCACGUACCUCAUGGAGAGCGAGAGGAAAGCGUACAACCCCCGUCCGUUCUGCAAGACGUACACCAUGGACAAGCAGCCGCUCAACACCGGGGAGCAGAAGGACAUGACGGAGUUCUUCACCGACCUCAUCACCAAGAUCGAGGAGAUGUCGCAGGAGCUGAAGAACACCGUGAAGACUUUGUUCGGAGGCGUCAUCACCAACAACGUCGUCUCUCUGGACUGCGACCACGUCAGCCAGACGGCGGAGGAGUUUUACACCGUCCGAUGUCAGGUGGCGGACAUGAAGAACAUCUACGAAUCUCUGGACGAGGUGACCAUCAAGGACACGCUGGAGGGGGACAACAUGUACACCUGCUCCCAGUGCGGCAAGAAGGUCCGGGCCGAGAAAAGGGCGUGUUUCAAAAAGCUGCCGCGCAUCCUGAGCUUCAACACCAUGAGGUACACCUUCAACAUGGUGACGAUGAUGAAGGAGAAGGUCAACACCCACUUCUCCUUCCCGCUGCGCCUCGACAUGACGCCGUACACCGAGGACUUCCUCAUGGGCAAAGGGGAGCGCAAAGAGGGUUUCCGAGAAGAAGGCGAGUCGAAGGUCACUGAGAGCUACGAGUACGACCUCAUCGGCGUCACGGUGCACACGGGCACGGCGGACGGCGGCCAUUACUACAGCUUCAUCAGGGACAUCGUCAACCCGCACGCCUACAAGAACAACAAGUGGUACCUGUUCAACGACGCCGAGGUGAAGCCCUUCGACUCGGCACAGCUGGCGUCCGAGUGCUUCGGAGGAGAAAUGACGACGAAAACCUACGACUCCGUCACGGACAAGUUCAUGGAUUUCUCUUUUGAGAAGACGCACAGCGCCUACAUGCUCUUCUACAAGCGGGUGGAGCUGGAGGAGGAGAACGGGAAGGACUUCAGCUUCGACGUCUCUCCUGAUCUGCUGGAGUGGAUUUGGCACGACAACAUGCAGUUUCUCCAGGACAAAAACAUAUUUGAACACACGUACUUUGGGUUCAUGUGGCAGCUGUGCGGCAGCAUCCCCAGCACCCUGCCGGACCCCAAAGCCGUCUCCCUCAUGACCGCCAAGCUCAGCACCUCCUUCGUCCUGGAGACCUUCAUCCACUCCAAGGAGAAGCCCACCAUGCUGCAGUGGAUCGAGCUCCUCACCAAGCAGUUCAACAACAGCCAGGCCGCCUGCGAGUGGUUUCUGGAUCGGAUGGCCGAUGACAACUGGUGGCCGAUGCAGAUCCUCAUCAAGUGCCCCAAUCAGAUCGUCAGACAGAUGUUCCAGAGGUUGUGUAUUCACGUCAUCCAGAGGCUCCGCCCGGUUCACGCUCACCUCUACCUGCAGCCCGGCAUGGAGGACGGCUCUGACGACAUGGACGGGCCGGUGGAGGACAUCGGCAGCCGGUCCUGCGUGACGCGCUUCGUGAAGACGCUGCUGUCCAUCAUGGAGCACGGCGUGAAGCCGCACAGCAAACACCUCACGGAGUACUUCGCCUUCCUCUACGAGUUCGCCAAGAUGGGCGAGGAGGAGAGUCAGUUCCUGUUGUCUCUCCAAGCCAUUUCCAUCAUGGUCCAUUUCUACAUGGGAACCAAAGGCCCAGAGAACCCUCAGGUGGAGGUGCUGUCGGAGGAGGAGGGGGAGGAGGAGGACGAGGAGGAGGACAUCUUGUCUCUGGCGGAGGAGAAGUAUCGACCGGCCGCUCUGGAGAAGAUGAUCGCGCUCAUCGCUCUGCUGGUGGAGCAGUCUCGCUCCGAGAGACACCUGACUCUGUCUCAGAGCGACAUGGCGGCGCUGACGGGGGGGAAAGGUUUCCCCUUCCUCUUCCAGCACAUCCGAGACGGCAUCAACAUCCGGCAGACCUGCAACCUCAUCUUCAGCCUCUGUCGCUAUAACAACCGCCUGGCCGAGCACAUUGUGUCGAUGCUCUUCACCUCCAUCGCAAAGCUGACUCCGGAGGCCGCCAACCCUUUCUUCAAGCUGCUGACGAUGCUGAUGGAGUUUGCGGGCGGACCUCCGGGGAUGCCCUCCUUCGCCUCCUACAUCCUGCAGAGGAUCUGGGAGGUGAUCGAGUACAACCCGUCCCAGUGUCUGGACUGGCUGGCGGUCCAGACCCCCAGGAACAAGCUGGCCCACAGCUGGGUGCUGCAGAACAUGGAGAACUGGGUGGAGCGCUUCCUGCUGGCUCACAACUACCCCCGGGUCCGCACAUCGGCGGCCUACCUGCUCGUCUCCCUCAUCCCCAGCAACUCGUUCCGCCAGAUGUUUCGCUCCACGCGCUCGCUCCACCUGCCGACCCGCGAGCUGCCGCUGUCGCCCGACACUACCGUGGUCCUCCACCAGGUGUACAACCUGCUGCUCGGGCUGCUGGGCCGCGCCAAGCUGUACGUGGACGCCAGCGUCCACGGCACCACCAAGCUGGUCCAGUACUUCAGCUUCAUGACCUACUGCCUCAUCUCCAAGACCGAGAAGCUCAUGUUCUCCGGCUACUUCAUGGACCUGUGGAACCUCUUCCAGCCCAAGCUCUCGGAGCCGGCCAUCGCCACCAACCACAACAAGCAGGCGCUGCUGUCCUUCUGGUACAACAUGUGCGUGGACUGCCCGGAGAACGUCCGGCUGGUGGUGCAGAACCCGGUGGUCACCAAGAACAUCGCCUUCAACUACAUCCUGGCCGACCACGACGACCAGGAGGUGGUGCUCUUCAACCGCGGCAUGCUGCCCGCCUACUACGGCAUCCUGAGGAUGUGCUGCGAGCAGUCGCCCGCCUUCACGCGGCAGCUCGCCUCGCAUCAGAACAUCCAGUGGGCCUUCAAGAACCUCACGCCGCACGCCAGCCAGUACCCCGGGGCGGUGGAGGAGCUGUUCAACUUGAUGCAGCUGUUCGUGGCGCAGAGGGCCGACAUGAGGGAGGAGGAGCUGGAGGACGUCAAGCAGUUCAAGAAGACCACCAUCAGCUGCUACCUGCGCUGCCUGGACGGCCGGUCCUGCUGGACCACGCUCAUCAGUGCCUUCAGGGUUCUGCUGGAGAACGACGAGGACCGCCUGCUGGUGGUCUUCAACAGGGGACUGAUCCUCAUGACUGAGUCCUUCAACACGCUGCACAUGAUGUACCACGAGGCGACGGCGUGCCACGUCACCGGGGACCUGGUGGAGCUGCUCUCCAUCUUCCUGUCCGUCCUCAAAGCCACGCGGCCGUACCUGCAGCGCAAAGAUGUGAAGCAGGCUCUGAUCCAGUGGCAGGAGAGGAUCGACUUCGCCCACAAGCUGCUCACACUCCUCAACUCCUACAGCCCGCCCGAGCUCCGCAACGCCUGCCUGGACGUGCUGAAGGAACUCGUUCUGCUGAGUCCUCACGACUUCCUGCACACGCUGGUUCCCUUCCUGCAGCACAACCACUGCACCUACCACCACAGCAACAUCCCCAUGUCGUUCGGCCCGUAUCUUCCCUGCAGAGAGAACAUAAAGCUCAUGGGAGCCAAGAACAACAUCCGGCCCCCGAGACCAGAGCUCAACAUGUGUCUGCUGCCGUCCAUGGUGGAGAGCAGCAAGGGUAAAGACGAGGUGUACGACCGCAUGCUGCUGGACUACUUCCUGUCCUACCACCAGUUCAGUCACCUUCUGUGUCGCGUCGCCAUCAACUGCGAGAAGUUCACGGACACGCUCGUCAAGCUGAGUGUGUUGAUAGCGUACGAGGGGCUCCCUCUCCACCUCGCCAUCUUCCCCAAACUGUGGACGGAGCUCUGUCAGUCGCAGUCGGUGCUGGCGAAGUCGUGCGUGAAGCUGCUGUGCGAGGACCCGGUGUUCAGCGAGUACAUCAAGUGCAUCCUGAUGGACGAGCGGACGUUCCUCAACAACAACGCGGCGUACGCCUUCCUCACCUGCUUCCUGCACAAGGUCCAGGUGCUGUCGGGCCCCAGCUGCUCCAACCUGAUUGGUGUUCUGGUGACCAACCUGCUGAGUGAGCAGAGCAGCCUGCAGCCCGAGCUGGCGGCGCACCGCCCGGAGCUCAGCAAGACGAGCGGCCUGCUGAACGCCGAACUGAGGGCCUUGCUGCUGCUGCUGUCCGUCCAGCCCCCCCAGGCGGUGGAUCCGGCCCUCUGCCCCGCCUUGCAGGAGCUGCUCGGUCGCUGCCGCGCCUGUGUCCAGCGGCGCAGCGUCCUGGAGCUGGAGGCCAAGGAGCACAAGGCCAAAGCUGAGGACGACGGGGCGACCCCGGUGAAGCGGCGGCGUGUGAGCAGCGACGACGACCGAGCCGGCGAUCCGCCGCCGCUCUGCGUGGCCUCCACCUCUUCCUCGUCUUCCUCGGUGCUCCCGCUGGGCGGCGAGCCGAAGCCCGACCAGCAGGAGGCGCUGACGCCGGCCAGCACCUCGGACACGGAGACGCGAGACUCCUCCUCGCUGAUCGACCCGGGCACCGAGCAGGACCCGCCCUCGCCCGACGCCGCCUCCUCCGGAAACGUGGACUCCUCCCCCAAGGAGGAGAAGAUGGAGGCGUCGUCGUCGUCCUCCUCCUCGUUCUCCUCCUCCUCCUCCCUGCUGCAGGAGGCGGGGGAGAGCUUUGCGCAGGGGGAGGAGCCUGAACUGGCGCGACUCGUGGCGGCGGAUGACGAUGCGGAGCGCCGGGAGGCGAGGAGGGGCGAGCCGAUGAACGCCCAAUCGGAGGAGGCGAAGGACGAGAAGGAGGCGGGCUCUAAGACCGGCGGCUCGGCCACGCCCCUCUCGGAGGACUCCGCCUUCCCAUCAGCUGUCGGGCUGGUGGGGGAGGGGCCUGAGGGCUGCGGUGGCCACGCCCCCUCCUCCUCCUCGCCACAGGUGCUCCCGAGCGCCGUCCCCCCACCCGACAUGCUGGACAUGCUGCACAGGACGGUGGAAGCCACCAUCGCCAUAGUUACCAAACUGUCCGUUAAGGACCCGCCCUCUUCAUGACAUCAUCAACUCGCAGCUGCCAUGAGAUCUUUAACAAAAACGUCAACUUUCUUCUUUUUUUUCUGCUCUGAGGGGAGAAAAAAAAAGUUUUCCUGUUUCUCUUCUCUUUCUUCUUCUUCUGCUGUUUGUGUGCUGCUGGUCGUUGCCUCCUGCUGAUGUUCAGUCGGUUGAUCUUUCAGCUUCAGUGGCGCUCGCCUUGUCGUUUCGCUCUCUAGAACUCUGACUCCUCCCACAGACGACGCCCCCUGCUGGACAAACGAAGAAGAGAAACGGACGUCGUACGAAGCUAUCGCACAUUUUUUUUUUUUUUUCCUUUGUGUGUUUUAUACUGAUUUGAAUUUGUUUUUGAACGUGAUUUUUAUUUUGAGGUUUUCGCCGUCGCGGGGGGGAAAUGUUUACAGGACUCGUCUCCUCCCCGCCUGUACUUUAAUUUUAUUGCAUUUUUACUGUGUAUGGAAAACGGUCGUCCUCUCUCGUGCCAGUUUUUUUGUACUUUAAUGAACGAGGCAAAAGGGAAAAGUUGCCUUGACUUCUUCUGUGGUUUAAAUAUCCAGAAACUUAAGUUUACCUGUAAAUUAAGAGAACCACAAGAAACUUGAUUCCGUAAAGAAUCCUCCGAGUCAUUGCCUGAAGGUGUAUAUGAAAACUAUAUAAAUAUAUAUAUAAAUAUCUUUAUAUAUAUAUGAAUAUAUUAAAAGCGGUGCUUUAUUUGACUGGUUGUAAUAAAGCCCCCCCCCCCCCCCCAAACAUGUUGGACCAGCUGGAGCUUUUAUUUUCUUUACUGAAGUACAUUCCAUAAUCUAUUGUUUAUUUUUUCGCUUCUGCUGUGUUCUGAGUUUCUUCUGAUUUUAUUUUAAUAGAGAAUAAAUUAAUAAAAACAGUUUUAAUAAGAAGAAUUAUGAACUGAAGUCCAUGUGGAGCUGUGGGUCUUUAUUCUUUUCCCCUCCAGCGUUUGUUGAACAGGAGAUGGAAGUUUUUAAUAGUUUUCAGGCUGCAGACCUCGAGAAGUACGGCAAGCCACAUGGAUCACACAGCCUCGUAUACAUAGCGGAGACGAGUCGCUGUCCGCCGGCAGUUUGAAUCCCACCGCGCCGCCGUCCGCCUGAGACAAAGAGAAGGCGGUGAGUAGAACCCAGAGCAGCGUGUUUCUACUCCUGUGUGAUUUAAAACAUCUCAGGUCAAUCUGUAACUUCUCUACGCCACGAGGUGACGGCUGUUCAUCUACUUCCUGUCCAGGUUAAAGUGUUUCCUUCAUGUUUCAAUAAGCUCCUCCCACUUCUUCAGAUUAAUAAACUCUUUAAAAAGCC